GUUGCCUACUUCUGCUCGGAGCUUCUUGUACAGGAUGUCGGCUCGGAGACGGUCAUGCAGAUGGGCGAGCUGGUAAAGAAGGGUGUGGAUGUGUACCUUCUGCGAAGCAUGCCUGUGAUUUUCAUCGUGGUGGUUGUCGUUGCAUCUGUAGUUUGGCUCACGGCUGGUGGGCCCUUUGUCAUCUCCAUGCUCGUCGGCGCUUCAAGCUGCAUGUUCUGC